GCAUCACUGUGCAGUUACUACUACACAUGCAAUUUUCAGAAAACGUGUUACUUCUCCUCUUUCUAAAGUUAUUUCAUUAGACGCAACUUGUUAUGUUUAAUUUCGGACUUAGUAAGCAUAGUUCUUCUAAUUACUGUCAAGAGCUGGGAUUACCCUUCCUGAAAAUAAACAUUUGCCGGGUGAACUGAAGGCUAAGCACAUUUGGGUCGUCAAGAAGAAUGGCGUCCGAUCAACAUAUAAAAAACCGAAUGCAGGUUUUUAAGAACAAAGGAAAAGACCAAGAUGAAAUGCGUAGAAGAAGAAAUGAAGUAACUAUUGAAUUGAGAAAGAACAAAAGAGAAGAAACAUUAUUGAAGAGAAGGAAUGUGCCAAAUGUUGAUUCUACAGAUGAUGACGAUGACAGAAAUUUAUCUCUUAUAAAUUUAGAUGAAUUAGUAAAUGAAGCUGGUAGUGCUGAUCCUGAAAUACAACUUAAAGCAGUCCAAUCAGCUAGAAAGCUACUAUCUUCUGACCGCAACCCCCCUAUCGAUGCAUUAAUUGAUAGUGGCAUUCUCCCAAUUCUUGUUCGAUGCUUAGAAAAUCAGGAAAAUCCCACUUUGCAGUUUGAGGCAGCAUGGGCGUUGACUAAUAUUGCUUCUGGUACUUCCAAUCAAACUCAAGCUGUCGUUGCUGCUGGAGCGGUUCCACUAUUUUUGCAAUUACUGUUUUCUGUUCAUCAAACCGUGUGUGAGCAGGCUGUUUGGGCUCUUGGUAACAUAAUUGGGGAUGGGCCAGGACUUCGUGAUUACGUUAUUAAUCUUGGUGUCGUUUCACCACUUUUGGCUUUUAUCAAACAAGAAACGCCUAUUUCAUUUCUUAGGAAUGUUACGUGGGUGAUAGUCAACCUAUGUCGAAAUAAAGAUCCAGCUCCUCCUAUGAAAACAAUAUCGGAUAUUCUUCCUGCCCUCAACGUCCUUAUCCAUCAUACUGACAUCAAUAUUCUUGUAGAUGCUGUAUGGGCUCUCAGCUAUUUAACAGAUGGUGGUAAUGAACAAAUACAAAUGGUUAUUGAUAGUGGAGUCAUUCCUAGUCUUAUCCCUCUUCUUUCGCACAAAGAAGUUAAGGUGCAAACUGCUGCUUUACGAGCCAUAGGUAACAUAGUGACUGGAACUGAUGAACAAACCCAAGUUGUUCUGAAUUGUGAUGCUCUUUCUCAUUUUCCAGCUCUUUUGUCGCAUCCAAAAGAAAAAAUAUGCAAGGAAGCAGUAUGGUUUUUAUCAAAUAUAACUGCUGGCAAUCAGCAUCAGGUACAAGCUGUAAUCGAUGCAGGAUUAAUUCCUAAAAUCAUCCAUAAUCUUUCUAAGGGUGAAUUCCAGACAAAAAGGGAGGCUGCAUGGGCCAUUAGUAAUUUAACUAUCAGUGGAAAUCGUGAUCAAGUGCUUUUGCUUAUUCAAGAAGGAGUUAUUCCUCCCUUCUGUGCUCUGCUAGAUUGCCAGGACAAUCAAGUAAUCCAUGUAGUGUUGGAUGGGAUUAACAACAUGCUUAAAAUGGCCUUCCCUAAUGUUGAAGCACUUGCUAAUACAAUUGAAGAAUGUGGUGGAUUAGACAAAAUUGAAGAACUUCAGAGUCACGAAAAUGUUGAUAUUUACAAAUUAGCUUAUGAUAUCAUUGAGCAAUAUUUUUCGGAGGUUGAAGAUGAAGUGAGUUUAGUUCCUACGUCAACAGAUGGAGGUUUUCAGUUUGAUCCAAACACGAGUAUUCCUAGUGAUGGUUUUAAGUUUUAAUGAGAGACUCAUCUGGUUCUUAUAUGAUUAAAGUAAAGUUUUGGAACAGAUGUGCAUAUAUGUAUAUUUUCAUCAUGGACAUUCUUGAAAAUACAUUAUAAAAAAUUAAAUUAUAUACACAUUUUGUAUGUAUAAUCCUUCCAGUUAAAUUUUAUGAGCAAUUGUUUGUAGUGAUCACUAAUGUAUCACUUCCGGACAUUGUAAAUGACGUAAAGAUUUAAUAGUUUAGUUAUUAGAGCAACAGUAUAAUUUGCUUGUCCUUAUAAUUGAGUUCCUUUUUUUUAGGACUUUGAUAUAUUUCCGAAAUGUGACUCAUGAUUGUUUGAUAUUGAUUUAUUUAUGUUAGUAACAUAAUUUUUAUUUGUUUUAGCAAAUCUCUUAUUUGUUUUCAAGAAUAUGUAAUAUAAAAGUAAUGUUUUUUGUAUAUUGAUAUUAAUUUUUAAAUUUUUCCUAGAUUUAUAAAUUUCCAAAUUGGAAAUUCUUCUCAAAAUGUUUAUUAGCUCAAUUCAGAUUAUUUGAGAAUAUUUAUGUGAUUUGUUACAUUACGUGUUUAUUUCACGUAUAAGUAUAUAUAUAAAUAUAUACAUAUAUAUAAAUAUAUAUAUGAAUUAAAGUGUAUGUGUAUAUGUAUAUAUGUGUAAAGGAUGCAGAUAUUACCCUCUACACAUAUAAACACAUUCACAUUUGUAGAUGGGUUCUUGUCUGUUUUUCUUCAAUCAAAUUUUUUGUAUAAAUAAAAAUAUGACAAUUCUUA